UGGGGCCCCGCGUGUAUAAAGGGGGCGGCGCCGCCGCUGUCCAGGGUGCUGAAGGGCGAGACGCCGGCGAGGGCCGGGACCCCCCUUUAUCCGCGACACCCACCCCCGUCGGGACCCCCCAUUCACUGCGACCCCCCCAUCCGCACCGCACAUCGACCCCCCCCCCCACUGCGAUCCAGCCGCCCCCCCUCAGCCUGGAAGAAGUGGGGGGGUGAAGGGAGACACCCCGGAUCUGCAGAGACACCCCCCCCCCCGGAGCCGGCGCCAUGGCGGCCCCGGCGCGGCCCCUCCGCAGCGCCGCGCUGCUCCUCUCCAUCACCCUCCUGGUCCAGAGUCACCCCAAACCCUCCCCCCGGCCCCCCCCGACCCCGCCAUCGCCCGCUCCCCCCCACGUCUUGACCAAACGCUCGGCUCCUUUGGGGACCCACAACGAGGUGUUGAAAGACCUGGAAGAAUUGGGCCGGCUCCGGGCUGAAGCCAAACGGGAUCGGCAGCGGGAUCGGGAACGGGAACGGGACCGGGGCUGGCCCAGCUCCCGGCAGCUCCGGCAGCAGCAGAGCCUGGAGCACCGCCUGCUGGAGCGGCGCUACGAGGAGCUGGCCGAGAGCCGGCGACAGGCGGAGGCAGCGCGGAAAGCGGCCGCCGAGGAGGAGCGUUUGGCUGAUUUGGCCUCGGAUCUGCUCCUCCGGUACCUGCUCCGCGGACCCGGAGCCGCCGUAGCCGAGGACAAGAGGUCGGAAGAGGCUGAGCCCGAGGAGGGAGAUGGGAUCCCGUCGGAUGUCGGCGAUGGGUUGGAUGGGGGGUUCGAAGGAGAUGAAGGCGAUGAGGACAACGGGGGAGUGAAGGGAAAGGGGGGCUUUGAAGGCAAUGAUGGCUUUGAAGGCAACGGGGGCUUGGAAGACAACGAGAUCCUCCCGAGGGGCAACGAGAUGUUCUCAAGGGGCAACGAGAUGCUCUCAAGAGGCAACGAGAUGAUCCCAAGAGGCAACGAGCUCCCGAUGGGCUCCAAUGAGCUUCCGAUGGGCUCCAACGAGAUUCCGAUGGGCUCCAACGAGCUCCAGCCGCAGGAUCCGGCCGAGGUGGAUGACCUGGACCCCGGCACCAUCGACCAACUGAUCGAGCUCUCGAGCAAGCUGCACCUCCCCGCAGACGACGUGGUGGACAUCAUCCACGACGUGGAGCAGAAGCGCAAGCAAGAGGCGACCAUCGGGGCCCCCCCUCGCCUCAUCCGGCCCCCCCGGCCCCGAAGCCGCCCUAUUCCUAUCUCCAACCAUAUUCCAGGCCGGACUUUCCUGCCCCCUCCUCGCCGUCCCCCCCCGCCCCUGCGGGACCGGGAGCUGCAGCGGUACCUGGAGAGGGUUUUGGGGGGGCCCCCCCGAGGGUUCCCAUUGGGGGGGGGGCACAAACAGCGCCCCCCCCCCCCCUCAAUGUCACCCCCCCCCACACCCCCUUCAGCCUGCUCGGGUGUUGUGUGUCCGUCCUCCCCGUCCCCAUUGCUGAGCCCCCCCCCAAUGUCCUAUGACCCCCCCCCCCAGCCCCAGAGACCCCCAGUUCCCGCUCCAGCCCCCCCCGGCUCCAGCUCCAGCCCCGCAGUUCCAGCCCCCAAACCCCCCCAAUUCCAGCCCCAACCCCCCCAAUCCCCCCCAUUCCAGCCCUAGAGCCCCCCAAGUCCCCCCCAGUCCCCCCAGCGGGGGGGGUGUAAAUACCCCAUCACUGACUUUUGCUAUCGAAUAAAAGCGACUAUUUUAGUA